AUGCUGCCCAUGAUGGCUAAAGCUUUCCUCAUCUCGGGUCUUAUACAUAGCCUACCAUGUCUUGCACAACCGUCAGCCGUCUCGCCAUCCACAUGCGAGACCAUUGACGCUGUUCUUCCAGGCAAAGUAGCUUUCCCGGGCACGGCCACAUAUAACUCGUCAAAUGUGUACUGGUCCGGAAGACAGAAUCUGGAGCCCUCGUGCAUAGUUCUUCCGGCCUGCGCUGAGGAUGUCUCGAAGACCCUUGGACUUGUGACUAAGAGCAAGAGCCCCUUUACCGUCAGGAGUGGAGGACACACCGCAUUCGAUAAAGGAUCCAACAUCCAGGAUGGGGUCGUCAUCAACAUGGCCCAGAUGAAUGGUAUCCAAAUCUCACCUGACCAAUCUACGGUCUCUGUUGGACCUGGUGCUCGGUGGAUCAAUGUCACCGGUGCUGUGACCCCCCACGGAAUCGCCGUCGUUGGCGGUCGCAGCCCGAUGGUCGGCAUUUCAGGGUUUCUGCUAGGCGGUGGCAUGUCGUUCCUCACCGGCAGACGAGGAAUGGGCUGUGACAAUGUUCGGAACUUCGAGGUUGUGCUCGUGUCCGGUGAGAUCGUCAACGCCAAUCCAUCGAAGAACCAAGACCUGUACUGGGCAUUGAGAGGUGGGGGCGGUUCCAGUUUCGGCAUUGUCACUCGAUUUGACCUUGAAGCGUAUGCGCAAGGCGACGUUUGGAGUCAGCUUUCGAUGUGGUCAACAAACUACACGACUACGGCCUUAAACAUCUUCACGAAAACGGUCAAAGAAAAGUUGCAUUCGGGACAAGACUUGGACUCGCAUAUGUUUUUCGGCUUGACUUACACUGGUGUGGCCACUGGCGAACCUAUUCCGACACUUUACGGCUUCCAUAUGAACCUAUCCUCUCCUCACGCACCUGGUGGCGAGUUUGAUACAAUGAAAGGGCUGUUCCAGCUUCCGAUGCCCUUCAUCAACAAUACGCUCGUUACAGACAUUUCUGGUCAGAUCCGAACCACCUCAGUAACUGUCUUUGGCGAAAGACAAUCGUUUUACGCCACCUCUAUUCGUGAUGGCGAAAACAGCGAAAGUUUUAUGAGCAGUGUGGUCGACGCUUUUACCACCUUUGCAAGUGGGCUCAGGGCUGACGUUGAAGCUCGAGGUGACUCGCUCAAUGUUACGAUGGUCUUCCAGCCACUGACCAAUCCGACAUUUGAAGCAAUGCAAAGGAAUGGCGGCAAUGCCCUGGGCCUAUACCCCUCGGAUUUUCCUUCAUAUAUCGUGUCUGUACCCAUGGCUUGGUCCGAUCAAGCCCUUGACGACAUGAUCGAUGUAAGAACAAAUCAGUUCAUAAACGACUUAGACGCCAUGGCUCAGAAGCAGGGAUUUGGGAAUGGCUUUCAGUACAUGAACUAUUCUGGGAAGCUUCAAAGUGUCAUUGAAAGUUAUGGCAAGGCCAACCAAGACAGGCUUCGGGCCGUCGCUGCUAAAUAUGACCCGAAUGGGCUGUUGCGGAAGCUCUGGAAAGGCUACUUCAAACCGUAA